CCCCGCUUUUCUGGGUUCUCGCUAGUUCCGCACAGUAUUGCCUCGGGUAGGAGGAACCACUCGUUGAGAGCUGGAGGUGAAGAGGACCUUAGAGGGACUUACGCAGUCCCUUCGGAUGAAGAUAUGGACAACCAUGGAGAGAAAGAGACUGGCCCAGGUUCACAAAAUAGUGACACUGUUGGCCCGAACACUUUCCACCGAAACAAUUGUGGGGAAAAGACAAGGGCUCCCCCUUGCUUCCGACGUGGAGAAGAGGCUGCUGAGAGGGCAGUUGACUUAUGAGGGGUUUCGAAGAGGAGGGCAUGAGGAGGAGGAAUGGGCUGUGGGAGCUGUCUCUCACGCAUAUACACACAGUCACAUACACAAUUGCACGCACUGACACAUUCUCACACUCUCACACGCACACUUAUGUUCUCUAUCUUCCCAGUUCAGUGCUCCCUGGAGGGGCUGCCCUGGGUUCUGGCUGUAGCCCUCCUGUCUGGCUGCUUCAUCCCUUCUCUCCCUCCCAGAGCCCAACUGCUGUCAUUUUGUGCCCUGCCAAGGAGGAGGGAACUGCAGUGACAGCAGGAGUGAGAGGCAGGACAGAGUCGUGGGGCAUAGAGAGGUAUGGAGAGGGAGAUGCCAGGAGACCAGGUGACAGUGAGUCCCAGAGAGAGGGCUGAGGACCAGGGUGAGGGGCGGUGAGAGUCUGGGGAAGAGGAGGGGAAACCAAAAGGAGUAGAAAGAGGAGGACUUGUGGGUCACAGAGCCACUCAGUCAUGCUGGGAGCAAAGCGACACUGGGCACCAGGUCCCUCACUCAGCCUUGGGCUGCCCUUGGCGCUGCUGCUUCUGUCCCUGGAGGCUGGGUGGGCCCAGGAGGGGGCAGAGCCGGUUCUAUUGGAGGGUGAGUGCCUGGUGGUCUGUGAACCGGGCCGAGCUGCUGCUGGGGGCCCCGGGGGAGCAGCCCUGGGAGAGGCACCCCCUGGAAGAGUCGCAUUUGCUGCAGUCCGGAGCCACCACCAUGAGCCGGCAGGGGAAAUCAACAACGGCACUAGUGGGGCCAUCUACUUCGACCAGGUCCUAGUGAACGAGGGCGGUGGCUUUGACCGGGCCUCAGGCUCCUUCGUGGCUCCUGUCCGGGGCGUCUACAGCUUCCGGUUCCAUGUGGUGAAGGUGUACAACCGCCAAACCGUCCAGGUGAGCCUGAUGCUGAACACAUGGCCUGUCAUCUCAGCCUUUGCCAACGACCCUGACGUGACCCGGGAGGCAGCCACCAGCUCUGUGCUACUGCCCCUGGACCCCGGGGACCGGGUGUCCCUGCGCCUGCGUCGGGGGAACCUGCUGGGUGGCUGGAAAUAUUCAAGUUUUUCUGGCUUCCUCAUUUUCCCACUCUGAGAGCUCCCUUUCAAAGUCGGGAAUUUAGCCCCUGACCUCUGCCCUCUGCCCUCUCUUACCCCAGAAACAGCAUCUCUGAGGCAGGAGAGAAGCUCCCUCUGGCUGCCUGUGUUCCACCUCCUUGCAUGGGACCCUGUACCCACAAUGAAGAGUAGAGCUGUGGUGUCUCAGGGCCUGGCCCCUCUUCCCUGACCCCAAUGCCCUCCCAGUCUCCCCCUGCAUUUCUUUGUGCCCUCAGCCCUAGGCAGGGCAGGGUUUGGCAGGUAGGGAGGCCUGUGCUACUUUGCAGGCUCUGCUCCUGCCCCCCCCCCCCCACCCCCAGCUUCCUGCUCAGUGCUAUUUGGGGACAGGUGGCACAGGUGAGCCUGACAGGCCCCCACAGGGGCCCAGAUGGACCAGCCUCAGAGUACCCUGCAGGCUCCUUCCUGUGAGGAGUGCCAGCAUCACAGAUCUCAGUCAACACAGUCAGAAGCUGAGCCAGCGCCUUAUGGGCUAGGGCGGGAGGCUCAGCCACCAGCAGAAGUGUGGGAAGGGCCACAGAGCAGCCUGGAGCCUGUGGCUGGUAGGGCAGGAAGGGGGCAUGCGGCCAGCCUGAACGUGGUACACAUUUUUCAUGUACAUUAGGGCAGCCAGCAGGCAGUGGACCCAGGCGUCCAUCUGUACCAGGUCCCAGAUGGACUCUGGCCCUCACCUCCCCACCUGAGACAUGGGGUGUGUGUGUUUGCUCUGGCUGAAAGCAGGUGUACAGAGCUUCCUUGGGCAGCUGGAGGUGGGGGUAGAAGGUCAUAUGUGGGCAAGUGUAGAUAUCCAGGCAUGAAACACAUCAAUGGCCAGGGUGACCUCCUAGAACUGCUCCUUCUGUAGUCUGAACUUCCAUCACUCCACACUCUGACCACUACCAACCUCCUCCCAGCUCUCUCAGUUACCUCCACUGUACCUCUUCCAGACUAUCCCAUAACCUCUCCUCUUACCCCUGAUUUGUGCUCCCGUCCUUAAAAUUCUUAUUACCUUGGAUUCCAUGAUUCAUCCCUUCGACCUCGCUCCUUCCAGUAUUAUAAACUCUCUCUCUGUUACCUCGCUGUCCCAUUGGCCCAGCAUGGAUGAAUCUGUCAAUAAAGUAACUAGAGAAGGAUGGUCGAUGAGACACUAUAGGAUCUCUAAAGAGAGAAAAUGCUAUUGCAAUGUGGAUCGGGGGUUACAGGGUACAAGCAGGUAUGUUGUAGAGAAAAUAAAUGUAAAGCUGUAUAUUAGAGCCAAAUAAAAAAAGGAUUUGGUAAUGCUUGAGUUAAAUAGGAAAUACCAAUGUGAAUUUGUGGUUUCCAAAAGAAACAACUUUUUCCAACUUUUUGUUGUGAAAGUAGCCUAGAAACAACAUCAGGAAAAAUCCGAUAUGCAUUCUUAACACCUGGAUCUUUGCCUCAAAUAUUAUUCACCUUGAAAAAGACUGAUUUCCCUGGAGAACAGCUCUGUGUCUUAAAUAACUCUAGGCCUGGAACAUGUUGUUGAUGACAAACAGCAAGGAUGCUUUUUUAUAUGUAUAGGGUAGAACCAAAAAGGCAAUGGAACCGAUUUUAAAAGGCUCCCACCUGACACUCUGUGACAAUUUCAUAAUCAAAAGGAAAAUAAUAUAGUUAA